GGUUUCUGCUGAGACUCUGAGCUGCCAGGCUUCUGCUUGCUCCUCUGAAAAUGCAGCGGCUGUUGGCUCCAGUGAAGCAGGUCUUGCAAGUAAAAAGAGUCCUGCAGGAAGCUUCUCUCACCCCUGUUGGCCUCCUCCCAUCAGCCCAUCAAAGGUUUUCUACAGUCUCUGCUGUCCCCUUGACCAAAACGGAUACUUGGCCAAAGGAUGUGGGCAUCCUUGCCCUGGAGGUCUACUUCCCAGCCCAAUAUGUGGACCAAACUGACCUGGAGAAGUAUGACAAAGUGAAAGCAGGAAAGUACACAGUGGGCUUGGGCCAGACACAGAUGGGCUUCUGCUCAGUCCAAGAAGAUAUCAACUCCUUGUGCCUGACAGUGGUGCAGCGACUGAUGGAGCGCACACAGAUCCCAUGGGACUCCGUUGGCCACCUGGAGGUGGGCACGGAGACCAUUAUAGACAAGUCCAAAUCUGUCAAAACAGUGCUCAUGGAGCUCUUCCAGGAUUCAGGGAACACCGACAUUGAGGGCAUAGGCACCACCAAUGCCUGCUAUGGUGGCACUGCCUCACUCUUCAAUGCUGCCAACUGGAUGGAGUCCAGCUCCUGGGAUGGUCGCUAUGCAAUGGUGGUCUGCGGAGACAUCGCAGUCUAUGCAAGUGGCAGCGCUCGCUCCACGGGUGGGGCUGGAGCCGUGGCAAUGCUGGUGGGGCCCGAGGCCCCUUUGGCCCUUGAGCGAGGGCUUAGGGGAACCCACAUGGAAAACGUAUACGACUUUUACAAACCAGAACUGGCCUCAGAGUAUCCGGUGGUAGACGGAAAGCUCUCCAUCCAGUGCUACUUUCGGGCCUUGGACCGAUGUUAUGCAUUCUACCGUCAAAAAAUCCAGAACCAGUGGAAGCAAGCUGGCAUCAACCAACCUUUCACCCUGGAAGAUUUCCAGUUUAUGAUCUUUCAUACACCCUUCUGCAAGUUGGUCCAGAAAUCCCUGGCACGCCUGAUGUUCAAUGACUUCCUGUCAGCCAACAGCGACACACAAACCAGCCACUAUAAGGAGUUGGAGGCCUUCAGGGGACUAAAACCGGAAGACACCUACAGCAACAAGGACAUGGAAGCAGCAUUUGAAAAGGCCUCGCUGGACAUGUUCAACAAGAAAACCAAAGCCUCCCUUUACCUCUCCACACACAAUGGGAACAUGUACACCUCAUCCCUGUAUGGGUGCCUGGCCUCGCUUCUUGCCCAUCACUCUGCCCAAGACUUGGCUGGCUCCAGGAUCGGUGCAUUCUCCUAUGGCUCUGGCAUGGCAGCAAGUUUAUUUUCACUCCGUGCGUCCAAGGAUGCUUCUCCAGGCUCCCUGCUUGAGAAGCUGGUGUCUAGUGUAGCAGACCUGCCAAACCGCCUAGCUUCCAGGAAGCGUAUGUCUGCUGAGGAGUUCGCAGAAGUAAUGGACCAGAGAGAACAGUUUUACUGCAAGGUGAAUUUCUCACCCUCUGGUGAUACUAACAGCCUUUUCCCAGGCACUUGGUACCUGGAGCGAGUGGAUGAGAUGUAUCGCAGGAAGUACGCCCGGCGCCCGUUCUAAAGGCG